UCUGUUGCCGUCGGACAGCAAUCAAAUUCUCCCUACCCUUCUCCUGAUCAUCGGAAAAUUCACUGACGAUUAGCUACAAAAUUCGAUCAGUAUCCCUAACCCUAGAAAAAUUAGAAUGAUUUGAAGUUGCCCCCUUUUCACAACCCUAUCUAAUUUAUACUCUUAUAUAUAUAUUAUAUAUAUAUAUGUACAUGGCUGCUGAUAGCUCUCCUGAUUUCGACAGAACUGACAUCUCGCCAAUGGUGCCAAGUGAUGACGAUUCCAUGGUGAGCAAGAGAAAAGAAGUGGCAAGUAAUGAGCUUGAAUGGAGUAGGAGAAAGAAGAAGAAGAAACAAGGUGGUACUCCCCGUCCUGCUUGCUCUUGGGUGCAUUUUAGCCGCGAGUUCAUAAAGGAGUACAGUGCUUCCCAUCCUGAAUCCUCUGGUCUGAAAGUGGCGACGAAAGCAGCCUCGGCUGCUUGGAAAGUGAUGAGCCUUGAAGAGAAAGAAAAAUACACCAAGCGCGCUCGUGAAGUAUGGGAUGACUACUUGAGUUCCGCUCCUGCCCGUGAACCAAAACCACGAAAACAGGCCAACCUCGUCACGAGGUGCUCUCCUGGUCGUUUAGUGAAUGUGAUGAAACGAUUUACACCUGACCAGAAGGAAGCCGUGAAGAGCAUGGGAUUUGGUAGCCUCCUUGAUCUUAAAUGUAGAACUCUGCGCCGUAGUCUGUGCCUUUGGUUACUAGAGAGGUUUAACACCAUUAGGCGUAGCUUAGAGAUUUGUGGUAAACGCAUUCCCUUGUCUCCCCGUGAUGUGGAACUUGUUAUGGGCUUGCCAUCUAGUGGGAAGGAUAUUGUAAAUUCAGGGCCUGAUGACUUGGUAGCGGAUUUGCGUCGAAAGUACAAUGCAUCAAAUCGGGGAAUUUCUGUGCGUUUCUUGGAGGAGAGGUUGGGAGAACCAGAAGCAGGAGAUGACUUUAAAAGAGCAUUUCUCCUCUAUGUGUUGGGCACUCUUUUAUGCCCUACAGCAAGGCUAGACGUUAGCCCUUCGUUUCUCCACUUUUUGACAGAUAUGGAUUCCAUCCAUGAGUACAACUGGGCAAAAUUCUUGCUUGACAAGCUAGUUAGGGAGGUAGCUCGCUUUCGCCAAGGAAAACAACGAGCAGUUGGUGGUUGUCUUUUGUUUCUCCAGCUCUUUUACUAUGAGAGUGUUGCCAUUGGGGGACCUUGUGAGCUUGGUCCUGUUGUUAUUCCAUGCUUAUCCUUGUGGACAGAGGAAAAUAUUUCCGAGAGAGAGAAACAAGAGAAAGAGCUCGGUGGUUAUGGAUCUGGAGAGGUGAUUUGCAAGGAGAGGGGUCUUGGGUUGAGUUUGUUAGUUGAGAAGGCUCAUGUUGAUGUGCUCCCAUUGAGAGAGGUUGCUGUUAGAGCUGAUCGUAGCAUUCUGGCUCCACAGGAAGAAAACCUGGGAAGUGUGGCGAUCGCUUACAAGGAUGAAAGUACAAUGCCAACCAAGAUUGAAGGUUAUGGGUUCAAUAACACAAUAGAUUACUCAAACAUGAACGACCAUAAUGAUGUAAUGACAUAUGGUCAAAGUACAUGCCCUCUUUCGAGCUGUAACUUCACUGGUCUUUAUGAACACUUGUCUGAUCACUUCAGCACCAAACACUGGGACUCUGGUCGCCGGUUCCAGUACAAUUGCCCGUUACCUGUUUCGUUAGGCAUGGAUGAAACCUUUCUUGUACUUCAAGCAGAAGAAGAUGGCCUCCUUUUUCUACUCAAUAAAGGGACUGAAAACAUUGGUCAUACCAUCAUGGUCACUUGUAUCGGUCCAAGCUCAUCUAACGAACGUUUCUUAUACUAUCUCAUAUCAGAAAGAGGAAGCAGCUCGCUAAGGUUGAAGUCGCAUACGCAAAAUUUACCGGGCAGGGUUGACGGGGUUCCUCUGGCGGAUUUCCUUCUGGUUCCAUUCGGGUAUCUUAGUUCAACAGGGGAGCUGAAUUUGGAGGUUUGUAUAUGGAACUCACCAGACUUGGUUGGAGAUCGAUUUUAAAGACUUUGAAGAUCAUGAUUUUUUGUUUUCUUGGAUUAGGAAUUGUAUGUAGUAGGAUGAUAUUGUGUUUUUCUUGUUUUUUUAUUUAUCUUUUUUUAAUUUUCUUUUGUUUUGAUUUUAUAUUUGAAACAAUGAGGUAGUAUAUGCCAUAUAAGUGUUGAAAAUAAUUAGGAAAUUAUCUGAAUAUAGUUUU